GUUUGAGGAGAAAGACUUGCUGGUUAAGUACUCCUAUAAUGGCAGUUAAUUGUUCACUUGAAAUUAUUGCGAUUUAAAUACGCUGUGGUGUUUAAAGUAUGCACUUUCGUUGUGUCACAAUAAUCUUGAAAAUGUAUUUAAGAUAGAUUAAUGAUGAAGUUUGUGAUGGAAAAAUUAGCACAUAUUUUUCUGCUAUUUCUAAGCUUCGACAAUGGCUACUGUGGCUGUUCGGGAAAUGUUAACCAGACUAAAGUGAUCAAAAUGUGCACAGCCGGCACGAUAAAGGGACCGGAAGUCUACAUAGACACAUCAGAGGCCCGUCGAACUAUGAACAUCCGGUCGUCUGUUUGUCAUUGCACAGCUACAUUCACAGACCUAUUGUUUUAUUCUCUAAGUAUUACGGGCCCUUCUGGAACGUGCGGUUCCCUUUUUAAAUUUAAAAAUCCAAGCGACAAUAGCUCCAAAACAUCACAAGAAGAGUGUUCAUCUAAAGAGCAUAGGACCGUCAAAGUUGGGGCUAAAAUGAUCGUUAAUAUCACAUUGGACAAACUUCACCAACCAUUUGAGGCGGAAUUUUGUGCACUCAUGAAGCCAGAUCUAUGCGGCGCGAAAGAGUUCCAGUGCGAAGGAGAUGGAACGUGUAUUGAUAAGGAGUUCAGAUGUGACCAACAGCCGGACUGCCUCGACGAGUCCGAUGAAAAGGACUGUAAAAACACAGCCGUGUGUUCUGAGAACAUGGACGCCUGUAUGGACGGGAAUGGUUGCUUCCGAGAGUCGGAUCGCUGUGACAACGUGUCGACUUGUGCAGAUCACACGGACGAGAAAGACUGUGGACUUCAAAAUGGGCAAAACGACACACAAGGAAGGCAUGAUACCAAUACCGGACCUUCAAUAAAAGUUGAAUGUUUUGAAAGCCAGCAUUUUUCCACUACCACCACAACCACUACCACCACCACCACCACAACAACAACAACUACAACACCAACUACAACAACUACCACAACAACAACACCUUCAUCAACAACAACCCCAACAACAAAACCUACGACAACAACAAAACCAACGACAACACCAACAACAACGAGGACAACAGCAGCAGCCACAAUCACUUCCACUUUAACACCGACGGCAAAGGCGACAACGACACCACCACUAACAUCUACAAACGAUAUCUGGUCAGCAGAGUCAACAACCACACCAAAUGUUAUGGACGAAAGCACUGAAGACAGGAGUAACAAGGGUGUUUCACCUGGUUCGAAGACUCAUGCAGAGCCAACAGUGGCCCCUAAAUCAUCCCUUAUUACUAAUCCAUACAUUAUAGCAGGGAUCGCUGUUUUGGCUGUGGUAGCGUUAGCCGGGACCAUUUGUAUAGCAGCGGCCAUUCGAAAACGGAUAAAGGCACAACAAUCUAGAAACAUAACCAACCCCGAUCUGUGGAUACCUAACAAAGAGGGUCCAAAUGAGAUGCAGUCAUUUGACAAAUGAGGAGACUGAAUAUUGUUUUAAAUAUUUAUGAAAUCACUGUUAACAAGAAGUAUCAUUAUAGGUAGACAAUAUUGUUUUUAUUGAACACUUGCUUGAACUGGAUGCAUUUCAGUGAAUUCAGCGUAUGAUUACUGAUUCUGCGUUAUUUUAAGCAUAAUAUAAUUAACAACGAUUAUGAAGAAAGUUACGAUAACUUAUACUAAGUCAUUCUCGUUAGCACGAUAUUGCGCGACAGUCUGGUCUUGUUUUGGUGGGGGAAACCGGAGAUUCAGGACCCCCCCCCCCCACCCCACCCGCACACACACCCACACACACACACAUACACACACACACACACACUUUAUUUUGAUUCUGCGUUAGGUAAACAGGGAAUAAAUAAACUGGUUAUAAUUAUUAUAUUAAUUUUCAUUUAAAAGCAUAUAUAUACAUAUAUAUAUAUGUCAUGCUUUUCGAUGAAAUAUGGAGCAUUAUCAGUGAAAUAACAAUAAUUCCAAUUCAUUGCUUGCAGGGAAAUUAUCAACUUUUGGGACUAGAUGUUUACGAAUGGUAGUUACUUCCCUUAGAUCACAAAAUUGUUCUUCCCUUGCCAAUAUACAUGUUCACUUAUUGCGUCUGCAACACUUUUGGCAACUGUAAAAAAUAUAAAAAAUCAUAAUAAUAUGUUAUUUCAAAAUCGAUGAAAUUAUACGGAAGUGACUAUUAUCUCAUGCUUGGUAACAUUUUUGACAAAGAUGAUUUUCUAAGUAGUGCAUUUGAGAUUGAACAAGAUGAUGAAACACAGCAAGAAAAACAACAGUCUUACUACAAGAAAAUAAUCAAUGCUGAUAGAAACAUGACAAAAGAACCAUCAAAAGAAUGUUGAUCGGGUUUUUGUAGAAAUUGUAAAUAAAAAUACUGUGAAGAAAACGGA